AUGUAUCAAUUCCCUUUUUUUGUUAGUAUGUAAAAAAACGUUUAUGUUGGAAUUUACCUCUGGGAAGAAACGAAAUUGGUAGCUGAUAAAAUUGAGUAAAAAGGAAUUUGUACAGUUAGGAGAGACAACACAUAAUUCUUAAGAGAUAUGUUGAAUUAGGUGUUACAUGAGAUACUAAUAGAAUAAAAUAAUAAAAAAGCAGUCAGCAUUGUGAAAGAAAAGAUUCAAUAACUGUUAAAUGGGGAAAUAAAUAUUUCAAAUUUAAUCAUAUCAAAAUCUCUAUCGAUAAAAAUUCAAGAGCCAGAUUUUGUUGAUGAGGAUUUAAUAAAUAAGGAGGAAGAAUUUCAUUCAUAUCCAGAUAAGUAUCACGAUACAAAUGAUUUUAGAAAAUAACCUCAUGUCAAAGUAGCCUAAGACAAAGUAAAAAAUAAAUAAAGUAAUACAUUUCAAAAAGGCGAUAGAAUAUCUUACGUUAUUGUAGAGAAUAUACCUGGAUAGCAAUUAUCAGAAAACGCCUAAGAUCCGUUAGAAGCAUUUAAAAAUAAUUAUAAAUUAAACAUCUAGUACUACAUUAACUAAAUAAAAAUACCGAUCAUCCACAUUUUAGAACAUAUAAUACCAAAUCCAGAAGCCUUAUUUAAUUUGAAUUAAUAUACAUCAGUUCCUAAAAAAACAUUUUGUAAUGUAGUUCAAAACAAUGGAUCUAAAAAGGCUCUAAACAAAUAUUUAAAGAAGAGAAUUACAUGUGUAAAUUGCAGAGACGAAGUCCCAAUAAAUAAACCUGUUUGUUUCAAUUGCAGAUCUCAAUAGUCAGAAAUACUAUUUAAGAUAUCUCAACAACUUAUCAAUUCGCAAAGUCGCUUUUAGAAAUAUAACAUGAUUUGCCAAUAAUGUUAGCAAAGUUAAUUCGAUUAAGUAAUUUGCAAAAAUGAGGAAUGCCAUACUUACUAUAAAAGAAAUCAAGAAUAAAUUAUCCUUCAGAAUACUUGGGAUAAAUACGACUAAAUAUAUUAUUGUGAGUGGUGA